AUGUUGAUAUGCUACAACUGCAAAAAGCCAGGGCAUCAUUGGAAGAAUUGUAGGGAUCCCCCUGCGAGUGCAGUACCUCAUAUUACUUCUGCAGUUCCCGUCUGCUAUCACUGCAACGAGACAGGACACAAGAAGCCUGAAUGCCCGAAGUUGAAGACUGGUAAAGGAGACAUGGGUACAAAUCCUGCAAUUGCAUCAUCCUCUAAGGGAACCACCGUGGUGACACGAGGUCGUGCUCACCAGAUGACUGUGGAGGAGCCGGUGAUUACAACGACAGUGGCAGACACUUAUUUGCUAGAUUCCAAGCCCGAUGUUGUUAUGUUUGAUAGCGGUGCUACCCAUUCUUUUGUAUCUCACACGUUUAUUAAUCGUUUGGGGCGUAGUAUCGGAAAAUUGGCUCACCCAAUGGUUGUCGAUGUUGUCGACAACCGCACUAUUUAUGUCACUGAUGUUUAUCGGGGUUACACUCUCGAGUUUUCUGGAGUUUAA